UAGUCUAAAGUCCAUUAUCAAAUAAGAAUCGAAAACCGUGACGCACGGUUUGGCAUGAAAACCAUAUCUAUAUUUUUAUCAUUUUUACUGGCAGGCCUGAACGGCCGAUUUGCCAUGAAAAUAGCAAUGAUGCCAUUGUUUAUUCAACGGCAUUUAUUGGUUUUCUCGAARCUGGGUGAAGAACUUGGUAGAAGAGGACAUCAGGUCAUAAUCUUUGUUGGGGACAAAGUAGCUAACUAUACAAACGGACAAGAAAUGAUUCAAAUCUUCAGCACUCCCAACUCGAAUAAAAUAAUCGACUUUGUCAACGGGAAGUCAGUCUCGCAAGGACUUCUGCCUAUGGCCAAAGUUUUAWUCCUCUAUUCUCUUCAAAAAGACUACUGCAAUGAUUUCUUGAACGACGAUAAAGCGUUGAACGAAUUGAAAAAUGCUGAGCUGCUUGUUGGGGACUCUAUCUACGCAUGCUCGGCUUUGGUUGCGGCCAAGUUUAGAAUCCCACAUGUUGUUGUGGAAAGCCCUUUGAGCACCCCGUCGUACGCACAAGAGAUGUUAGCAAARUUURAUAGGAAAACAAAYGGAUUUUUAGAUAGCCUUCAAUUUUAUCUACAUAGAUUUGGUUUACGGGUCAACGCAAAUCCAAUGUACCGUGAAUUGAAGUCGCGGCACGGUAUAAAACUAGAAGAAACAAUUCAUGAAACUUUGACAAAGAUCGAUUUGUUCUUACUUGAAAGAUAUUUUACUGAGGGUACGACAAUUCUUCCAGAAUACGUCAAAACAGUUGGCCGUCUCCUUCCUGGUCCUGACAAGAAUGAAAUGGAAGAUUUUAUGUCGAGUACGUCCGACCAUGGUGUUAUUCUCGUAUCGACUGACUCUGCAGUUGACACCAAAAUAAAGAAAAUAUUGGAGAAAGUGUUUUCUGAGAUUCCUCAAAAAGUUAUUUGGAAUUCUACAGGAAAAUAUGACAUGAUAUUUUCUUCAAAUGUUAAAACAGUUGAGCGCUUUCCGCAAAGUAUUAUUGGUCACAGUAAAACUAAACUUUUGAUCGUCGAUGUCGUAAUGGCUGAUGUUGCGGUUCAUGCUGCUCGUAAUGGAGUACCAAUGCUUUGGUUUGAAGCUGGGAAAGAGUUAAUAGAAUCUCCAAUAAGUUUAUUAAAAGACGUUGGUUUGGGGGAACUCGUGGAUUUACAUAACACAAGCGUUGGUCAGAUUGUUGGCUUAAUAAAACAGCUCAUUCAUGAGAAAAGAUACAAGGAAAAAGCCAUUCAAUUUUCUCGUAUCGUUAACGUGCGCCCACGAACACCGCUACAAGAAGCAGCAGAAAUUAUUGAAAACUUUCACUCUGUCCGCAUGAGCAAUCAGGCCUAUUUAAUUGGCACACAAGGCCAGGGCUCAACUGAUAAUUUCUUGGAUGUCUUUAUAUGGAAUGGAAUAUUGCUAACAUUAGCACUSGCUGUAGUGAAACGAGUCGUUGAAGUGUGGCAUUCACGAAAGGCCAAAACUCCUUGACCAGAGGGAUGUGGGGGGAAGGGGCUAUUGCAAUUAUUAUUAAUUAUAAAUAGUGGUUUUCAUAAAACUCCUUUGUUACGAUUUUAUAAGCUCUAUCAGUUCAGUUCAU